AUGUGGAAGACGACGAUACUAUUGGCUCUGGUUGCCUCAGUUGGGGCCCUUUUAGAAGGUCCUAACGUCUGUACCAGACAGGAGUCGUACACAACAGUUAUAAGAGUGUCUGAGCAGCAACCGUAUCAAGUGAAGGAGUAUACGUGGUGUUUCAAUGUGCCCCCUCGAUGUUCAAAGUACAAGAUCAAGUUUAAGCAAGUGUUGAAAACACAGACGCUCGUCAAACAGAGACCUGUAGAGGAAUGCUGCGAAGGUUACACGCCAGAUUCCGAGGGGAAGCAGUGUGUGCCCGUGUGCGUGCAGUCGUGUGUGCACGGAAAAUGUGUGGCGCCAAACACGUGUGCGUGCGCGCACGGAUACGGGGGACCCGCGUGCGAUAUAUCUUGCCCCGCCGGGAAAUGGGGCAGGGACUGUCAGAAUGAGUGUCGUUGUUUGAAUGGCGGUACUUGCGAGCCUCUCACCGGUGAAUGUGCGUGCACGGCGGGCUGGCGCGGCGACGCGUGUGAGCGCGCGUGUGCACCGCCGACGUUCGGCGACAAAUGUGACCAAUUGUGCCAAUGCAAGAAUAAUGCCACUUGCGAUCCAGCUAAUGGUGCCUGCACCUGUUUACCGGGAUUCACUGGACCUUUAUGUGAAGAAGUAUGUCCUACCGAUGCGCCAUGCCCGACGAGAUGUCGUUGUCAGAACAAUGGGGAAUGCAACCUCUUUAGCGGGGAAUGCGACUGUACUGCCGGAUGGACAGGGGAAGUUUGUGCUAAUAAAUGUCCUACGGGAAAGUGGGGUGAUAAAUGCGAAAAAACUUGCGAAUGUGCUAAUGGCGCUGGCUGUCACCAUGUCACCGGCCAGUGUCAGUGUGAAGCUGGAUUUACAGGCGAAAAGUGCCUGGAGCGCUGCCCGCUGGGCACGUACGGCGCGGGGUGCGCGGGGCGCUGCGAGUGCGCGCACGGCGGCGAGUGCUCGGCGCGCUCGGGCGCGUGCGCGUGCCGGCCGGGCUGGCGCGGCGCGCGCUGCGACCUGCGCGCCUGCGCCGACGGCAAGUGGGGCCCGCGCUGCGACAAGGACUGCGAGUGCAAUGUUGGCACCACUGAUAUGUGCGACCCGUGGACGGGCGCGUGCGAGUGCGCGGCGGGCUGGAGCGGCGAGUACUGCGCGCGCCAGUGCCCGCUGCUCACGUACGGCAAGGGCUGCCGCGCCACCUGCCGCUGCGAGAACAGCGGACACUGCUCGCCCGUUAACGGGUCGUGCCUGUGCGCGCCCGGCUACCGCGGGCUGCGCUGCGAGCAGCCCUGCCCCUUCCCGCUGUACGGCGACAACUGCGCCGACACCUGCGACUGCCUCAACAACGCCACCUGCUCGCACGAGACCGGCCAGUGCCAGUGCCCGCCCGGAUUUGAUGGGCUUAAAUGUGACCGACCGUGUGAUGGCAAGACAUUUGGACUGAAAUGUCGACAACCCUGUGACUGUGAAAAUGGCGCGCCGUGCAACCCGGUCAAUGGCGAAUGCCUAUGCGGGCCGGGCUUCGAGGGCAAGCGGUGCGAGCGGCGCUGCGGCGCGGGCUUCUACGGGCAGAACUGCUCGCUGCCGUGCGACUGCGCCGCCAACGCGCGCGGCUGCCACCACGUCACCGGCGCCUGCGUGUGCGAGACCAGCUGGAGGGAUAUGAGGAAACCCAUAUUAUACACUUUAUGUGACAAAUCAAAUUUAACUUCGUAUGAAAUAAUUGUAAAUGGUUUAUCGAACGACAGUGGAGAUUUAUUGCAUAAUUUGAAACAAGGAAAAGGAACUUUUAUAGCGUUAAAAAUGUCAGACAGCAAAUCGAUACCAAAAGUCAAACUUGAAGAAAUAUCGAGUGAUUCAUAUUAUAAUGUGGUUCCCAAUUCUUGCUUCUCUUGGGAAACUACUACUAUGAACAUAAACAACACUGUAAGAGCUAUUAAGGAAAUAUUUAUUCAUGAAAAUGGUAGUAUGGGAAGAGUUCUUAUCAUCUUAGGCGUGCGAUGCGAGACGCAGUGCGCGGAGGGGCUCUUCGGGUCGGAGUGCUCGGAGCGCUGCCCGUGCGCCAACAACUCGUCGUGCGACGCGGGCAGCGGGCGCUGCGAGUGCGCGGCGGGCUGGCGCGGCGAGCGCUGCGACGCGCCCUGCCCGCCCGGCACCUACGGCGUGGCCUGCAAGCAGCUGUGUCCGCAGCAUCCCUUGGGCAAUGCGACAUGUGAUCCAGUAACUGGCAAGUAUACCUGUCCGAGCGGUUACACCGGAGUGAGGUGCGAGUACCCGUGCCCUCUCGGCACGUACGGGGAGGGAUGCGAGCAGAGAUGUAAUUGCAAGAAUGGCGCCGAUUGUCAUCAUGUCACUGGCGAGUGCCAGUGCCUGCCGGGCUGGCGCGGCGCGGCGUGCGGCGAGGCGUGCCCGGCGGGCUGGUGGGGCGCGGCGUGCUCGCAGCCGUGCCGCUGCGCCGCCGGCGCGCAGUGCCGCCCCAACGACGGCUACUGCCGCUGCCCGCCUGGCUUCGACGGCAGCUACUGCACGCAGUUCUGCCCCGAGGGCUACUACGGCGACCACUGCAUGUCGGCGUGCAACUGCCCGGCGGAGGGCAACUGGGCGUGCCACCCCGUGCACGGCUGCGUGUGCCACCGCGGCUUCAUCGGCGACAACUGCGACAUACACGCCAAAGACGCUAUUGUUGUUGACAGGGCUAAUGGCGGGUCGGGCGCGGGGCUGACGGCGGCCAUGGUGGUGCUGGUGUGCGCGUGCGCCGGCGCCGCGGCGCUGCUGCUGCUGUACUACCGCAAGCGCGUGCGCAGCCUCAAGCGGGAGAUCGCGCACGUGCACUACACCGCCGACCCCGCCUCGCAGCCAGAACAACAACACUUCGACAACCCGGUGUACUCGUUCCAAGGCUCGACCCGCGGGGACGACUCCGCUACGUUGCUCAACAACGCCACGCAGAUAUUCAAUAACUUGGGCACAGGGACCAAAGUGAGCAACACGGCUAUGGAGAAGUUGAGGAUGACUGCCUCUAGCUCUAAUGGCAGUGCUUAUGAUCCUCUAUCAUCCCUUAAGAAUAAGGACGCGGAUUUGACUAAUCCUAAUCUAUACCAUUGUAUUGACGAAGAUAAUAAAUUGGAUCACGUGUACGAUGAAAUUAAACAUAAAGAGGGAUAUGAAAUGGAAUACGAUCACUUAAACUACACGCCGCCAGCCAACACUUGGAAGCCGCACUACCAGAGGAUGAACAACGGCGUGCCCUCCGGCGCGCCCCACUCGCCCCCCGCCGCCUGCGCGGCCCCCGCGGCCCCCAAGGCUCCCGCGCCCCACACGCCCCCCAUCCCGCCGCUGCCCAAGCUGCACCCCGACACACCGCCGCCGCCGCCGCGCCGCGACGACCCCCCCGCCGAUGACGCUAUCCCU